AUGCAAAGCAAAUUAUUAUACUAUAUAGUUCCAAUCUUAUAGAUAAUUACAAUCACAUUUAUUGAUAAUCCUUGGAUAAUAUUAUGGUCAAUAUAUGUAAUAAUCCCUUUGCUGGAUGAGAUACUUGCUUAUGACUUUUAUAAUCCAAAAUAAACUAAAGAAUUAGAAGAUGAUAUGUUCUAUAAAAUUCCAUUAUACUUAGUAAUUGUAUUGGAUUGGUGUUUAAUGUUUACUGUUUUGAAUCACCUGACUUAAAAUGAUGUUUCGUUAUUUGAUGUAAUAUUUAUACAUUUAAAUUUAGACAAUAGGAUUAAUAUCUAUAUGGGGAGGACUUUCAUCAAAUAAUUUUACAGUUGGACAUGAAUUAUUGCAUAAAGACACAUUAUUAGAUAAGUUCUUAGGAACUUAUACUUUGGUGAAAAGUUUAUACUGUCAUUAUAAUAUUGAACAUGUGUUCACUCAUCAUAGAUAUGUUGGUACUCCAUUAGAUGCAGUAUCAGCUGAAAAAGGUUAAUCUUUACAUUCAUUUAUUCCAAAAGCAAUAGUUGUAUAAUGGAAGGAAGCUUGGAAAUAAAAAGAUAAAAUGUAAAGAUAUACAAUCUUAAAUAUCUUAAUGUGUUUAUUUAUCUAUAAAAUAUACUCAAUCAAAGGAUUUAUAUUAUUUUUAAUAUAAGUUUAUUAAAGCAUAGCUUAUUUAGAAGCCUCAAAUUAUAUAGAACAUUAUGGUUUAAGAAGAAAAUUAUUAGAAAAUAAUUAAUAUGAAUAAAUAAGUGAUCAUCAUUCAUGGAAUGCCCCUCAUAGAAUUACUAAUCAUUUGUUAUUUAAAUUAUAAAGACAUAGUGAUCAUCAUAAAUAUCCAUCAAAACCAUAUCAAAUAUUAGAAAUAGAUCCAAAUAGUCCUAUUUUACCAUGUGGAUAUUUAGUUAGUAUAAUGAUUGCUCAAUUUCCAAUUGUUUGGAUGAACUUAAUGGAUCCUUUAAUUACUGGAUAUAAAUCUAAAUAAUUAUAUGAAGAAAGUAGAAAAAAAGUUAGAAAAUUUUUAGUGUAAUUUGCAAUAUUUGCAAGUUGUUUAAUGAUUUAUUCUUUAUAUGAUUGAAAAU